GAGGGGCCAGAGAGAGAGGGAGAGCGGGCGAGAAGAAGGGAGAUUUCCGGGCCGGCGCCGCUCUCUUAUUCCGCCCCUCUCCCUUCUCUAUGGUCCCGGCGGACGGUCCUCCUCCUCCUCGGAGCCCUGCGGGGGCGGCCGGGCGGAGGCGGCGCGGGAGGGACCCAAGGCAGCUGAAAGCGUGAAAAAGGACAGUAUUCAAAAGCUACAAACAUGAGGAGCGUUGACCUCCAGCCCUCAGGAACGCAGUUCUCUUGUCCUGCAGCCACAAAAGCAGGCUUCGAACAGCAGGCGUGAGCCAUGUCUGUGGCCGGGUGAUCGCCGGGUAGUUCUUCUGCCAGAAGCAUCUUCUUGGGGAGAGGCCAACAUGUUCAGCGCCUCCCAGUCGUCCAAGGCCCAGUUCCUUGACAAAGCGCGCCAGGCCCGCGAGGAGCGCCGGGAGCUGAAGGAGCGGGAACGGGCCGCCGUGCAAAUCCAAGCCCUCGUCCGGAGGUUUCUGUGUCGCUGUCGACUGCAGCGGGAGAUCAGGAGAGAAGUGGAUGACUUUUUUGACAUCAACAGCGCUGGAGCUGGUAAGAAGACAGCCCUUUCGAUCUUCAGAAUCGCCCGGAAGCUGCUCUUUGUUUUCCGCGUGCAAGAUGACAAAGAGAGAUUUGAGAAGUUGUGUCGUGCUGUCCUUAACAGUAUGGAUGCCGAGAAUGAACCUAAGGUGUGGUAUGUGUCGCUGGCCCUUUCGAAGGAGCUCACGCUCCUGUGGAUCAAGCAGAUUAAAGACAUUCUGUGGCUUUGCUGUGAAUUUCUGAAGCUCCUGAAGCCAGACAUUUUGCAGGAUUCAAAGCUGGUGAAUUUACAUCUGACCAUGCUGGUCACCUUCACGGACGCGUCCACCUGGAAGAUACUGAGAGGAAAAGGGGAAACCUUGCGACCCGCCAUGAACCACAUCUGUGCAAAUAUUAUGGGGCAUCUCAACCAAAAAGGAUUUUAUUCUGUGCUCCAGAUUUUGCUGACGAACGGCCUGGCGAGAUCCCGGCCCUCGCUUUCCAAAGGGACCCUGACGGCCACUUUUUCUCUCGCAUUGCGGCCUGUGGUUGCAGCUCAGUUUUCCGACAAUCUGCUGCGCUCCUUCUUGAUCCACAUCAUGUCUGUCCCGGCCAUCGUCACCCACCUCGCGACCCUCACGCCGGAGCGCCUGGCGGUGGUGGAGCAACACGAUCUGUUGCGGAAGUUCAUCUUGUUCUUGAGCCGAGAGGAGCCGUGUCGAGACGUCUGUGUGUGUUUGGAAGGGAGCCACGUGCUCUGCCUGCUAGGCAACCUCAUCUACCUGGGGUCACUGAACGACAAGGUGCUGGAGGAGGAGACAACACACUUUGUGAGUGUCCUCAUCCAGAUGCUGUCGUACUGCCAGAAGUACGUCUCGCAGAAGAAGUCCAACCUCACCCACUGGCAUCCGGUGCUGGGCUGGUUCUCCCAGACCGUGGAUUAUGGCUGUUUCAUGCCAGACCUUUUCAAGCGGGCCUUCCAGAAGUCUGCGUCCGUCCGGAAGAUCCUCAAGCCCGUUGGCGGCAAGCGGGUGGAUUCGGCCGAGGUCCAGAAGGUCUGCAGCGUCUGCGUCCUCUACCAGAUGGCGCUCACCACGCUGACGCAGAUUCGGCUGCAAAUCCUGACGGGUCUGACUUACCUGGACGACCUCCUCCCCAAGCUGUGGGCCUUCAUCUGUGAGCUCGGCCCCCAGGGGGGCCUGAAACUCUUCCUGGAGUGUUUGAGCAACGAGACGGAGGAGUCCAAGCGCCUCCUGGCCAUGCUGACGCUCUUCUGCGACUGCUCUCGCCACCUCGUCACGAUCCUCGACGACAUCGAAGUCUACGAGGAGCAGAUCUCGUUCAAACUGGAAGAGCUGGUGACCAUCUCCUCUUUCCUGAACUCCUUCGUGUUUAAGAUGAUCUGGGAUGGAAUUGUUGAGAGCGCGAAAGGCGAGACUCUGGAGCUCUUCCACUCGGUCCACGGCUGGCUGAUGAUUUUGUACGAACGGGACUGCCGGCGGCGCUUUGCUCCGGACGAGCACUGGUUGCGCAAGGAUCUCAAGCCCAGCUUGCUCUUCCAGGAACUCGAUAAAGACCGGAAGCGAGCCCAUUUUAUCUUGCAGUACAUUCCCCACAUCAUCCCCCACAAAAAUAGGGUUCUUCUUUUCCGGAACAUGGUGACCAAGGAGAAGGAGAAGUUGGGGCUUGUGGAGACCAGCUCAGCCUCGCCUCACGUGACCCACAUCACCAUCCGACGGUCGCGCAUGCUGGAGGACGGGUACGAACAGCUGCGCCAGCUGUCCCAGAACGCCAUGAAGGGGGUCAUCCGGGUGAAGUUUGUGAAUGACCUGGGAGUGGAUGAGGCCGGCAUCGACCAGGACGGGGUCUUCAAAGAAUUCCUGGAGGAGAUCAUCAAGAAGGUCUUUGACCCUGCCCUCAACCUGUUCAAGACCACCAGUGGCGACGAGAGGCUGUAUCCGUCCCCGACGUCGUACAUCCACGAGAACUACCUCCAGCUCUUUGAGUUUGUUGGGAAGAUGCUCGGGAAAGCGGUCUACGAAGGAAUUGUGGUGGACGUCCCUUUCGCCUCUUUCUUCCUGAGUCAGUUGUUGGGCCACCACCACAGCAUCUUCUACAGCUCCGUGGACGAGCUCCCUUCGCUGGAUUCGGAGUUCUAUAAAAACCUGACCUCCAUCAAGCGUUACGACGGCGAUAUCGGUGAUCUGGGCCUGACUCUCUCCUAUGAUGAGGACGUGAUGGGCCAGCUGGUUUGCCACGAACUUGUGCCUGGAGGGAAGACCAUCCCGGUCACGAAUGAAAACAAGAUCAGCUACAUCCACCUGAUGGCCCACUUCCGCAUGCACACCCAGAUCAAGAGCCAGGCGGCCGCCUUCAUCGGUGGCUUCCGCUCCAUCAUCCGGCCGGAGUGGAUCCACAUGUUCUCCGCGCCCGAGCUGCAGCGGCUGAUCUCGGGCGACAACGCGGAGAUCGACCUGGAAGACUUGAAGAAACACACCGUGUAUUACGGGGGAUUUCAUGGCAGCCACCGGGUGAUCAUUUGGCUGUGGGACAUCCUGGCCAACGACUUCAGCGCGGACGAAAGGGCCAUGUUCCUCAAGUUUGUGACCAGCUGCUCCCGGCCGCCCCUCUUGGGCUUCGCCUACCUCAAGCCUCCCUUCUCCAUCCGCUGCGUGGAGGUCUCAGACGAUCAGGACACGGGGGACACCCUGGGCAGCGUCCUGAGAGGCUUCUUCACCAUCAGGAAGAAGGAGCCCGGUGGGCGCCUCCCCACCUCCUCCACCUGCUUCAACCUCCUGAAGCUUCCCAACUACAGCAAGAAAGGGGUCCUGCGGGAGAAGCUGCGCUACGCCAUCAGCAUGAACACCGGCUUCGAGCUCUCGUAGCCCCUCUCCCGGCCUGGCCUCGGCGCUCCCGGCGGGAACCCCCGGCGCCUGCCCUUUCGUCCCGCCGGCCGGGCAGGGCUUUCCGGGAGCUUUGGCGGCAGAAAGAGGCUGGGGAGAGGGGGAGCCCCCCACGAAGGGAAGGGGCGCAAACUGCUGUGGGAGAGGAGCCCACCCAGGCGGCAGCGGCCAGACGCUCCCGUUCUUUGAACAGCAGCCGGUCUGCGGUUAGAGGUCGCCUCGGGAGCAAGCCCUGGGAAGUCCAGCGUGGCGCCGGGGAGCGCGUUGCUCCGAACAUCUCCCUGAACGGGGGACACUCCUUCUUCUCAAGAGCCCCACGAGCAACUGAGGAGCCCACGGGUGGGGCGGUCCUUUUGGGGGGGAGCUCCCCCCCCAGUAACAGCCUCACAGGCAUUUUUUCGUUUGGUGAAGGAGUGGGAAUUUGCUGUGUUUUUCCUGCCACGGAUCCUGGAGCCAAGCCCUCCCGUGGACUGGGGGCCCAAGGCCUCGGCUUGUGGCCGCCAGCCGGGCUGACCGUUUUCCUCAGGACAAAGGACGGGGGGUGCCUGGUUUGCCUCCAAAGAAAGGGGGUCCCUAGCGUCCACAACGCUUUCGUCACAAAGCCCCCAAACUUGCUCUCUCUCUCUCUCAGAAAACGCUAUAAAGUGUGGUGAACACGA